AUGGAUCAUGCAAACUUCACGUUGAAUUCAACCGCAGUACCAACCACAAAGGACGUCGGUAAGGGAGAAUACGCUAAAGGAAUAGGUCCAGAUGACGCUACGUGGAUUUUGACGAGCGCUUUCAUCAUUUUCACAAUGCAGUCCGGAUUCGGCCUUCUCGAAUCCGGAAUGGUCUCCAGAAAUCAUGAAGCAAACAUCAUGGUCAAAAACGCGAUUGAUGUGAUCUACGGUGGAUUGUCUUAUUGGCUUUUUGGAUUUGCACUCAGCUUCGGAAUCAGCGAGCGUAAAAAUCCAUUUUUCGGCCUUGGAUAUUUUUUGACAGACGCUGAGGAAAGCGAAAUGGGGCAGGUGUUUUCAAAGUACUUUUUUCAGCUCUCCUUCGCCACGACUGCGACCACCAUUGUUUCUGGCGCGAUGGCGGAAAGAGCAAGCUUAAAAGCCUACACACUUUACUCAUUCUUAAACACCCUGACAUACAGUAUUCCUGCUCAUUGGAUCUGGGACGAUAAUGGUUGGCUUCGGAAAAUGGGCGCCGUUGAUGUUGCCGGAUGCGGCGCGGUGCAUUUAGUUGGCGGAGUGAGUGGUCUGGUGGCGACUUUAAUGUUGAAGCCAAGAACUGGCAGAUUCGAUUCAAAUUCUCCACCGAAACAAAUGGCUUCUCCUACAAACGUUCUCCUGGGAACCUUCAUGCUAUGGUGGGGCUGGCUUGGGUUUAAUUGUGGCAGCACAUUUGGAAUAAGCGGAAUGAAGUGGAAGCUUACCUCCAGGGCAGCAGUUGUAACUAUCAACGGCUCUAUUGGAGGAGGGAUACUGGGUAUGAUAUACAGGUAGGCUGAUACCAAUCUGAAUAGUUCUGUGGUCUAAGACUAAUUUUUCAAUCCAGCAUAACUUGUAUUGACUUUAUUACAAGAAAUACAUUCCGUGAUUGACUUCUUUGAGAAUGACUCUUCAUCACGAGGCUGACCACGUUCAGUUCCCUCAGUUCCCCGUGUAAAGUGCUCUUCCCCCACGUGGACGUAUAAUGAGCUGACAUCUUUUCAUCUAGGAGUAAUACCGUGGGAUCGAGACCUUCUAGAUAAGGUAAUA